AUGCGGGCGCAAGAUCCUGCUGUCCUGUUCUUGGCCGAGACAUGGGCAGACGAUGAUAGGCUUUCUAAGAUUUGUGAUGACUUGCAUUUUGAUGAGAAAUGGGUAGUUCCAAGAGUGACAAGGGCUGGCGGUUUGGCCCUUUUAUGGAAGAACACAAUUCAGAUUAAUGUGGACUCCUCUUCUCUUAAUCAUAUUGAUGUUAUAGUUAACAGAGGAAGGGAGGAUUCAUGGAGGUUCACGGGUAUUUAUGGGUUUCCGGAGGCCAGCCGGAAAAGUGAGACUUGGAAUUUACUGCGUAAUCUCCAUCGGAAAUACACCCUUCCGUGGUUGUGUGCCGGUGAUUUCAAUGAAAUCCUACUGUCACAUGAAAAGCUUGGAGGGGGACUGAGAAGUGCAGCAGCAAUGAGUGAGUUUAGAGAGGUUGUGGAUGACUGUGGGUUCAUGGACUUAGGGUGUGUGGGGAAAAAAUAUACUUGGAGAGGCAAGAGAGGUGAUACCAUGGUAUUGGAGAGACUUGACCGUGCUCUUGCUACUCAUUCAUGGCUUGCUCAGAAUCCAGCUACUAGAGUUCAAUGCAUUCGGUCCUAUGUUUCUGAUCAUUAUCCCAUUAUUAUUAAUCCUGAAGGGGUUGCAGAUAGACCUUGCAAACCCUUUAGGUUUGAACACAUGUGGUUGAAAGAAAGUGGAUGUAGUGAUACCGUAAAGCCAGCAUGGCUGUCUCCUUCCCCUGUUUCAAGCUCUCCGAUGAUGCAUGAAAAAAUAAAGCUUUGUGGUAUUAGGCUUAUGGAGUGGAGCAAGAGAUCCUUUGGCAGCGUGAGGAAGCAGUUGGAGGAAAAAUCAAAACUUCUGGAAAAGGCUGAAUUUGCAGUGGCAAGGGGGGCAGACUAUGAACCAGUGAGAUUACUAAAAUUGGAGGUCAAUGAAUUGUUGGACAAGGAGAGCUUAAUGUGGCAGCAGAGGGCUAGAGCUUUGCAUCUUAAGUGUGGUGAUCAAAACACACGGUUUUUCCACAACAAAGCUUCUCAGAGAUUUAGGCGCAAUAGGAUUGUGGGUUUAUUGGAUGACUCUAAUUCAUGGUGUACAGAUACUAAGUAG